GCCUUCCAGGUUGCAAUGACUCUAGGCCUUUGUCGUCUGUCCAUUCCCGACACGUGACCCACUGACUCCUCAUCGGCAACUGCGUGUUUCCGAUGACGCUCGUCGGGUCUGUCGUCGGCCACAAUGAACUCUUCCCCAUCACCUUCACCAUCAGGGAUGUGUCGCGCCGUGCAUACUAUACGAUCCAUCUAGAUUGAAGGCCUAUGCAUGGUUCCAUGUGCACAUGCGCCACCUGUAGUCCCGAUGCCCGAGCGUCAGACUGACCCAACACUCAGCACCCCGACAGACACAUCACCAUCGACCAAUACAACCAUCUCACAAAGUGGUCCGAGCAGGGUUUCCGAUGCAGAACCGUCGGAGAAGGCGCACAGUAAGGCGCCUGUCAGGGUAGCUCGGGCCUGCGACAGAUGUAAGGCACGGCGGCAGAAAUGCGACGAUUGGAACCCAUGCAAGAGAUGCAUCAACGCCUGUGUGCCAUGCCUCUACGAAACUGCCUAUCUCCGGGGCCGAGCACCUCCAUUACCCCCUAAGCGGCCUGCAGACUCGCUCGUGGACCCGGAACACUCAAAAUUCCCAAGAAGAGCUCCAGCUACCUUUGUAAGCACUGAAGCCCGGGAUGGCCGUCAAAGUGGCGUUUGGGCUUCAUCUGAAGCCCACGACGAGACUAUCCCUCCGUCGCGAGCCUCACCUGAGCUGGAGAUCGAAGGCCAGUUCCAUGAUCCAACCUCGAAUCUCAACUUCUUGCACCGGGCAUGGAAACGAUUGUCGAACCGGCACAUUGACAACGUCACAUCAGAGGAAGGCAAGGCUGUGAUCUCCCGUCAGCCCCUUAUGUCCGCCGGGGACAGGCCUUUCGACGUCUUGUCUACAUCCCACGGACACAUUUUCCCGGACCGUGAAACUGCACUGAGGCUGUUCGACUUUUACUUUGAGCAGUGUGUUGUGACGUACCGAUGCCUCAACCGCCAAUACUGCUCAAUGUGGUUGAACACAGUUAUAGAGAACCAGGAAAGCCAACUACCCAUCUCAAAUGGAAUCGGUCACGCGAAGGCUGCUCUGGUGACAACGAUCAUGGCCAUAGCAACUCUUCGUCAGGAGAAGCUGUCACAAACUGCAGUCAGCAUCAACCUGGAUGGGUCGAUCCAUGGGAGCGAUUACCACUUCUGCGCUGCCUCUGCUCUGACCAACGCCGAGACUGGUCUACCGAGACUGGAAUCCGUACAGGCGCGUGUCCUCCAAGUUCUGUACCUUUUACAAACCGGUAGAAUGAACCAAGCCUGGUACGUGUUCGGGGGGACCGUGCCUAUCGUAUCGGCGCUGGGUCUGCAUAGGAAAAGCCGCGCCGCCAGCAACAGGAGUACCCCGGGGAAUUACAUCAUUUCUCAAUGUCGAAAACGCACCUUUUGGACCGUCUAUAUCAUCGACAAGUACCUCGCGGUUGUCUUUGGCCGGCCUCGCCUCUAUCACGACGAUGACAUCGACCAAGAAUUUCCGGAUCGGGUGAACGACGAGGACAUGUCGCCUCAAGGGCCACUGAACAGCGAGCCAACAAUGGACUGUCACAUUGACUCGCUCGUCUUUCACGCCAAGAUCGCCAAAAUUAUUGACAACAUCUCUCGCGAGGUCUACUCUCUUCAUCGCCUGCCUAAGCCGGCGCGUCUCGCGUCAGCCCGGGCAUUCGGCCAAAAGCUGUAUGCCUGGCGCGAGGAACUGCCACCUCAUCUUGGAACAAUACGGCCCCUCAGUCUGAUACCCUCGUUCAGACGACAGGCCAUGGCUCUGAAACUGGCAUAUGCUCAUGCGUUGAUGCAUGCCAAUCGGCCCUUUCUCAUGGGGGUCGAUCGCACAGAAGAGGAGGAGGAAAGCACUACAGUCUGCAUCAACGCAGCAAAGCUCGCACUGGAGACUGUCGACAGCAUCGUAGGCGACACGAUCAUGUUCCACGCCUUUUGGUGGACGCCGUACGUGACCUUUUGCGCCUUGGCUGUUGUCUACGUCUGGGAAAUCCAAAAGGGAGCAAGCAAUGCCGACAACCCAUCGCUGUUUGCGCUGGCUGAGAGAUGUCAGGGUCACCUGGCUGCUUCGACAGUCACAGACUCGCCAAGCCAGAGAUACAGUGUCAUACUCGAAGAGCUUCGUCAAGAAGCCCGUCAAGGGCUGGCACACCAACACCAGCUGACGGACAACGCAAGCAUGGCCGCCAUGGCGCAGAGCGAGCCAAACCAACUACAAAUGGACUUUGGGAUCUUUCCCUCGGGUCCGAUUCCAGAGGCAAAUCCAUUGGGCUUGCCCCUGAACGAGUGGCAAGCAACCGAUUGGCUGGAUCUAGACUCAUCUGCUUUUGGUCCGUUCUUGGAGAUGGAUGGUUCACCGAUCAUGUGGAUGGGCGAUGUUGGCCAGCAGUAGCUGUCCGCACUCCAGCCCUGCCAUUCCACGAUGGUUUCCAGCAGAGCCUGCCACAUGCAUAUACUGUAAUUGAAGCUGUCAAAAUAUU